AUGCUUCCCUGGAAGUACAGACUCUAUUUCUGGGGCGUUCACGGCGUGUUCGUUGAGGUGGUGUUCACAGCAAUAUGGGAAUUGGUUGCGGGGGGAAACCCUCGACUAAUGGGGCAAUCUUCUCUCUGGUCGUUCCUCAUCUACGGUCUGGGGGCUUUCUUCGGAGCCGAACUGCUGAGGGAGAUGAUGAUAGCUCGCCGAGUCCCGCUCUGGGCUCGCUGUUUCCUCUACAUCCCAUUGACCUACUGCUGGGAGUUCCUCACAGGAGCUGUCCUCCGAUUGUUCGGGGCCUGCCCCUGGGAUUACUCCCAGUUUGACUAUGACGUCAUGGGACUCAUCACCAUGGAGUAUGCUCCGCUCUGGCUCAUGGGUGGGGUCUACUUCGAGUUCCUCAUGUCAUGUAUGACAGAGGUGGAUAGGAAGUCAUGGUGGAACAAGACGUCAUGA